GUCGUGUCGGAUUCGACCUGUCCACCGGCUGCCGUCUCCAGCAGUCGGAUGAUCAGCAGCGCAUUGCAAUGCGGGUACGCUACUUAAUUGACGAUGCUUUUCCGCCGCGUGUGUUUAUGCUGUUCAUAGUGGGUCUUUUUGUAAUUGAUUCCUUGUCCGGCACUGGACAUUCCUAGCCAUAUUGUUAUCCCCUGGAUCAUAUGUACUCAGUCUCUCGUACCUGAGUCGAGCCAACAUUGUGCCACAAGGUGAGCCGGCAUCUCUGUCAUUGUGCGGACCGUGAAUUAUGUCCUGUCGAGGGUGCUGAAGGAAAGAGAAACACACGACCAGGCCGACAGCCGAGAAUGAACCUUCUCAUGCGGCGAGUGUCGCAUUUGAUCUGGAUGCGACGCAGGCCUGGAUCCGUUCUCCCGUUCCUGUGUCCCCCCACACCAAAACUUCUGGGAUCAUUGCCUUACAUGCUACCACUAGCCUAGAUCACAUCAUCCUCACCCACCCGCGCGUGCCCCCUCCCCAUAUCCCUCGCCACUUCCGACCUGAAGGUCUGCGGAAAGUUUCUGCAAGCCCGGCUGGCCGGGUAGCCAGAGACUGGGGAUCCCAUCGUCAUUAUGUGGCAUGGGCCUGGGCUUUUCGGUUGAUCUGCAAGCGUGCGGACCACUCAUGACAAGUUCUUAUAUAUGAAUAUGCCUCUGCCCAGCCGCGCCCAGAAUGCUUGUCGCCGCCCUACCGUCUUGUGCUUCACACCACACUAUAGACCCUCUUGCCCUUCAGCCUUAUUAUCUUGUCUUGCCGUGCGGCGCUUCCUCUAAGCCCAAUCUGGGUUGCGAGCCAAGACAAAUUCUCAAGCCGCUGCCAUGUCCAGGAUAACAGCACCGCCUUCCCCCGAAGGCCAGGAUGCCAAGGACCUCGAGUUCGCAAAGGAUGCUGUCGAGUGCUCGACAUCUUCUAAGCCUUCUUCUGUGAGGCUGGGGGAGAGCGAGGGCGGAGUGUGGGCGAGUGGUGGUGGGAUCGACAAUUACAAGCCGAUUCCGGAGUAUGAAGGCGCUCACCGUUAUGAUCCCCAUUUCGAAUGGAGUGAGAAUGAGGAAAAGAGGCUAGUCAGGAGGAUCGAUAUGAAGAUUUGCGCCUUUGUCUGCCUCAUGUUCUUCUGCCUUCAGCUGGACCGUGGGAACAUCACACAGGCUUUGUCCGACAACAUGUUGAAGGAUCUGGGGAUGACCACGAACCAAUACAACACCGGGCAGACAAUUUUCUACCUGAGCUUUCUCUGCGCCGAACUGCCAUCCCAGAUGCUAUCGAAGAAACUCGGCCCAGAUGUCUGGAUCCCGAUUCAGAUGGUCCUGUGGUCGGUCGUAUCGAUUUGCCAGUGCCGCCUGACGGACUACAAGACAUUCUAUGCGACUCGCUGCCUCCUGGGUCUCGUCGAGGGGGGAUUUAUCCCGGACGUCGUGCUCUACCUGAGCUUCUUCUACAAGUCGAAAGAGCUUCCGAUCCGCCUUAGCUUCUUCUGGGGCUCGUAUAUAACGACGCAGAUCAUAUCCGCCCUCCUGGCAUAUGGUAUUUUGCACCUGCGUGCUGUAACCGGAUGGGCCGGGUGGCGGUGGCUGUUCGCCCUCGAGGGCGGUCUAACGACCAUAAUCGGAAUUAUCGCGGGCUUUUACCUGCCCCCCUCGCCAACGCAGACCGCUGGGCGGUUCCGAGGCCGCGACGGGUGGUUCAGCGAGAGGGAGGAGAAGAUCAUGGUCAACCGGGUCCUCCGCGACGACCCGGCAAAGGGCGGGAUGCACAACCGGCAGGGCCUCACGCUCACGCUCCUCUGGGAGGCGCUCUGCGACUACGACCUGUGGCCCAUCUACCUGCUGGGGCUCACAUGGACCAUCCCCGCGACGCCCAUCACGGCGUACCUGACCCUCAACCUCAAGUCGCUGGGGUUCGACACCUUCAGGACCAACCUGCUCACCAUCCCCGCGUACGUGCUCUUCGGGAUCCAGCUGCUGUGGUGGACCUGGGUGUCGGAGAGGUGGAACAACCGCUUCGGCAUCGUGCUCGUGAGCAUGGUCUGGUGCUUCCCGCUCGUGCUCGCGCUGGAGCUCAUGCCCGCGGGUGCGAGCCCCUGGGCGUGGUACGCCUGCUCGGCCCUGCUUGUUGGGUACCCAUACGUCCACGCUAUUAUUGUGGGAAUCACCUCGCGCAACGCAGGGUCCGUUCGCACACGAACUGUUGGGUCAGCCCUCUACAACAUGACGGUGCAAGCCGGCAGUAUCAUCUCGUCCAAUAUCUACCGCACUGAAGAUGCGCCUUAUUACCGAACAGGCAACAAGGUGCUCCUGGGAAUCAUUGCUUGGACGACAGCACUCAUAAUCUUUAUCAAGUUCUACUACAAGUGGCGCAAUGCCUCGCGAGAUAAGAUCUGGAGCUCCAUGACGCCCGAGCAGAGGGACGAGUAUCUGAAGACUACCAAGGACCAGGGCAACAAGAGGCUCGACUUUAGAUUUGCGCACUGAGAAGAGGCUUUCUGUAUAUAGACAAUGUGGUAAAAAUAAUAGACUGUUGUCAAUUUUCGAUACUCGGGGAAUCUUGCUUUUGUCGAGUGACCGGAGGUGAAGACACGGGCUGGGCUGUUCAGCUAAAGCUGCUGAUUUCCUCUGAAUUUAGAGUGCCUGGUGCCAUCAUGUCCACAUAUGCAACCAGUGUCUUUAACUGACGACUGGCUAGGCUUUGCCUCUACGAUUCAAAAAGGUGUUCGCAAAACGGA